AUGACAAUGAGAACAGAUGAACACGAACAGGUGGGUGAGGAUGACGGCGGUGGCAUCAUGCUGACCAUGCCCACUCACUCGCCCUCGGCCACUCGCACAUGCCAUCCCCAGCCGUCUGUCUCCCUCUCGCCCACCUCCACCUCCGCCUACCCCUCUGUCUCUGAGUCGUCCCACUCUCACCCACUUCCCCCCUUCAACAAGAGUGAGCGCAAGCAGCACAACGGCCAAUCUCCCAGCACAUUGACCAGCAUGGCGAGGCGACAAGCACGAACGGCCAUGGUACAAGGACGACUACAGUGCAAGAACUUGCCUGGCGAGCGUGAUGAUGAACACAAGCACAUGGCCUGA